UCGUGGGUUUCAAUGGGAUGUGGUGGGCUGCUUUCUGUCAAGAACUGGCCCGACAAGAAGCUACAACGGACGUUGCCACCUGAAUCGGGGCAACGGUGGCCUUUUCCCCCGCUCCGCCAUCACGAUUUUGGACCGCGAGCGAGACAUCCUUCUUCAGCCAUCGAUCGCCAUUUUGUUUCCUGUCUCUCUCUCUCUAUCUCUCUCUCAUGGACCGUCGUCGUUUUCUCUGGCGUUCGUCAACACAAGCCCGCUUCUUCUUCGCCCCUGCUUCACCCACCUCCUCUCUCAGAGCGCUCACUCCUCCACCUCGAGCUCCAACAGACCCUUCUCUAAUCCGGCUAAAGUCUCCGUCCACCUUCUGUCUCGGCUUCAGCAGAUUGAUAAGCAGCAGCAGCAGCUCAGGGCAUACCCACGCGGCUCUCGGCGUCAGCGACGAUGACCCACGUUCGGAUAGGAUCGCCCGGGACGCAGAUGAGCUCGUAAAGAUCUUGUCGAGCGCCAGCUCCGGUUCCUCCGUCGAGUCGUCCCUGGACCGCGCUGCGGUCGCGGUAAUGUCGCCGACCCUGGUUGCGGAGGUUCUGAAGAAGCUGAGUAAUGCAGGUGCUCUCGCGCUCUCGUUCUUCAGAUGGGCUGAGAAAAGGCGAGGGUUUGAGUAUAGUGCUGAGAGCUACCAUGCUCUGAUCGAAGCUCUAGGAAAGAUCAAGCAGUUCAACUUGGUGUGGAAAGUGGUCGAUGAGAUGAAGCAGAGAGGGUUAUUGACUAAAGAGACCUUUGGGUUGAUCUCGCGCAGAUACGCGAGAGCCAGGAAGGUUAAAGAAGCGAUCGACGCCUUUGAGAGGAUGCAGAAGUUUGGAUUGAGCUUAGAUUCGUCUGAUUUCAAUAGGUUGGUUGAUACUUUGUGCAAGUCCAGAAAUGUGGUGAAAGCACAGGAGGUGUUUGAUAAAAGGAAGGGGCGGUUCAAGUUAGACCUCAAGUCGUACAGCAUUCUACUGGAAGGUUGGGGUCAAGAAAUGAACUUUUUGAGGAUGAUGGAAGUUUACAGGGAGAUAAAGGACGAGGGGUUUGAGCUGGAUGUCGUGGCUUACGGGAUCAUGAUCAAUGCGCAUUGCAAGAUUAAGAAGUACGAUGAGGCCAUCGAGUUUUAUCGUGAAAUGCUAGCCAAGAACUGCAAGCCUUCUCCUCAUAUAUUUUGCACUUUGAUUAAUGGAUUGGGAUCUGAGAAGAGGUUAAGUGAAGCAGUGAAAUUUUAUGAGCAAUCCAAGGCAUUUGGGUUUGCUCCAGAGGCUCCAACUUACAAUGCUCUGGUGGGUGCUUAUUGCUGGUCGAUGCGGAUGGACGAUGCUUAUAGAGUUCUUGAUGAGAUGAGAAAAUGUGGUGUUGGACCAAACUCCAGGACUUAUGACAUAAUUCUUCACCACUUGGUAAAAGCUAGGAGAUCAAAAGAAGCGUACUCGGUCUUCCAGAAGAUGAGCAAUGAGCCAGGGUGCGAGCCAGCUCUGAGUACAUAUGAGAUCAUAGUGAGGAUGUUUUGCAAUGAGGACAGGACGGAUAUGGCAUUGAGAGUUUGGAAACAAAUGAAAGACAAGGGAGUCCUUCCUGGAAUGCACAUGUUCUCUACUGUGAUUGCCAGCCUUUGCCAUGAAAAUAAAUUGGAUGAUGCUUGCAAGUACUUUCAGGAGAUGAUGGACGUGGGUAUUCGUCCUCCGGCUAAUACGUUUAGCAAGUUGAAGCAAUGUCUCCUGGAUGAGGGACGGAAGGAUGAUGUUCUAAGUUUUUCUAGGAAGAUUGACAAAUUGAGGAAAACACCGCUCGUCACAUUGUAAUACGCCAGAAGAUUCUGGCCUCAUGAUAAUGCCUUGGGUUGUUAAUUUUCUGGCCUUAAGGUAUAUUGACUCUGACAGCCUCUGUCGGAUGCAUCUGCAACUGUGUGAGUAGCUUAAGGACUGACAGUGGUACUGGAAAACCCAUUUUGUAAGCAAGGACUUGAGCUAGGAUCAGGUGGGAGAUGGAUGGAAAUGCUAACUUCAUUCACUUGCUCGCACUUCUCUGUCGAAUCACUCCUAAUUUUCUCAUCCUGUUCGCCCUUCUCCAUCUCUACCUUUACCAUUCCCAAACUCAGCCUGUCUUCUUUAGCUGCUUUAUUGUUACAGUGCCGCCUUUUGCUAGGCAUGGGGAGAAGGACCAGAACCUCCCAGUUAAUCCCUACUUCAUAUUUGUAACCUAAAGUCUCGUCUUGUCACUGAUGCUCUGAGCGCGUUUGAUUGCCCCGUUGAUCACACUAGAUGAUCUCUCCCAUGUUUUCUCCUCGGUUAGCAGGGAUCUCAAUUCUAUUGAUCACGCCAGUGGU